GCCACUAUUGGACGGGUUGGUAUGAUCGAGACAACCCUAGUGGUAAUGGGGAUUAUGAAAAUCUGUCGGAGCAAAAGAAACUAGGUUACGUGUGUGGCGGAUGUAAACCCAUCGGGGCAGAGUGUCGCGUGAAGGGGACAAUCAGUACGUUUACUCGCUGGUCUGGCACGGCUCCCAAUAAGUUGGCGAUUCACUGUUUACCCAGCAAAGGUCUGGUGUGCGUUAACUCCCAGCAGAGCGGCGGGAACUGCUAUGAUUAUGAAAUAAGAUACUUGUGCCCUACUACAAGUGGUACAUGGACAAACUACUUAGAUAGGGAUGACCCUAGCGGCACCGGCGACUGGGAGAACGUUGCAUCUUUCAGGGGUGAUGGCGUCAACCUUUGCAAUGGUGGUCGCCCAAUGUGUGCCCAGUGUCGCGAUAGAGUGAGCCACUCCCAUUAUUAUGCAACUGGAGACCAGUACAAUAACAACUAUGACUGUAGCUGGGAGAAUGGCUUGGUCUGUACUACAUCAGUCAACGGGAAGACCUGCAAGGACUACGAGGUGAAAUUCAAGUGUCCAGCCAUAGGCACCUGUAGGACAUGCGCAAAGUGGACUUCCUGGUUGGACAGGGACAACCCCGGCGGUACAGGAGACUGGGAACACGUGGGAACAAAUGGAUUUAAUCCGUGCUCCGGCCAUGAACCCAUUGACAUCCAGUGCCGCGUCAGAGGAACCAAUCAGCCAUGGGAUCAGACUGGUCAGGUGAUCAGAGUGAAGUGCACGCCCUCUGAAGGAUUCGUCUGCGUCAACAUCGACCAGCCAAGUGGGCAGUAUUGCAAAGAUUACGAAGUUCGUUUUCUGUGUCCAUAA